GGUGUGCAUCUGUGAUUUGUGGCAGUGAGGCAGCAAUCCCUAUCAAAUUCAAUCAUAGAGGAAGUUACCGGUGUUUCGUCUGAAAAUGAACGACGCAGAUGUCUCUAGGCAAAUCCAGCAGAUGGUGCGGUUCAUCCGCCAGGAAGCGGAGGAAAAAGCCAAUGAGAUCUCUGUCUCCGCCGAGGAGGAAUUCAAUAUCGAGAAGCUGCAGUUGGUUGAAGCCGAAAAGAAGAAGAUCAGGCAAGAGUACGAACGCAAAGAGCGCCAAGUCGAAAUUCGGAAGAAGAUCGAGUAUUCAAUGCAGCUGAAUGCUUCUCGAAUUAAAGUUCUUCAAGCUCAAGAUGACGUCAUCAGUUCCAUGAAAGAAGCUGCUUCCAAGGAACUUUUGAGUGCGAGUCAUCAUGAUCAUGUGUACAAAAACCUUCUGAAAGAUCUCAUUGUUCAGUGUUUGCUAAGACUGAAAGAAACUUCUGUCUUGUUGAGAUGUCGGAAAGAGGACCUGCACUUGGUAGAGCAUGUGCUGGAUUCUGCUGCACAGGAGUAUGGUGAUAAAGCAAAUGUUGAACCCCCAGAGAUCAUUGUUGACAACCAAGUCUAUCUUCCACCUGGACCCAUUCAUCACAAUGAUCAUGAUAUCUACUGUUCUGGUGGGGUGGUGCUGGCUUCUCGUGAUGGAAAGAUUGUGUGUGAAAACACUCUUGAUGCACGACUUGAUGUAGUGUUCCGUAAAAAGCUCCCUGAGAUUCGAAAGCAGCUCUUUGGACAAGUUGUUGCUUGAAGGUUUCAAAUGUAUUGUUUCCGUACCCUAGAAUGUUUGUAUCCCGCAGGCGUGUCUUGGACCUGAAUAGGUUUGGUGCCGUUGAAUUAUAGUUGUUGUCUUUUGAAUAAACACCAUUUUUCCGUAGUUCAGCUGCUCCCGUACCGUUUAUUAUGGGCCACGUGGUGUUCUAGAACUUCUCUGGCUCAUUGCCGCAUUUUGUUCAUUGGUAAAAUAUAUAUGCAUAUAUACUGUCGACAGUGUGAGGGAAAUAUAAGCGUUCUGCA